AGAACUACUGAAAAUAUUUGAAGAAUUGUUUAAAUAUCACAAACUUGGAUUUUUUUAGGUUACUUAUAGCCGUAUUAAAAAUAAUCCCUGAUACGGUUUUUAUUGCAUAAUAUUAUACAAUAAAAAAUUCAAAAUGUAUCGACAGUUGAAUAAAUUACGAACGCCGAUUUCUUUAUUUUCAAAAAAAAAUAAUCGUAUUCAAUUCGUCCGUAAUAUAAAUGAUAACGUAGAAGGAAAUAAAUUUAAUAUUAAAACAGAUUUGGAAGGUAGACCAUUAUAUUUGGACGUACAAGCUACUACACCAUUGGAUCCUCGGGUUUUAGACGCGAUGUUACCGUAUUUAACGAAAUAUUACGGGAAUCCUCAUUCUAGAACACACGCUUACGGUUGGGAAACUGAAGCUGCCGUGGAAAAUGCUAGAGAACUCGUCGCUAAUAUCAUCGGAGCAGAUCCUAAAGAAAUAAUAUUCACAUCGGGCGCUACAGAGAGUAAUAAUAUCGCAAUUAAAGGCGUAGCGAGGUUUUACAAAGAAAAAAAGAAGCAUAUAAUUACGACACAAACAGAGCACAAGUGCGUUUUGGAUUCCUGUCGAGCUUUAGAAGGUGAAGGAUUCAAAGUGACGUAUCUACCAGUUAAAACCAAUGGUAUCAUUUCAUUAGAGCAAUUGGAAGAAGCUAUUACACCGGAAACGGGUCUGGUAUCAAUUAUGACUGUCAAUAAUGAAAUAGGAGUAAAACAGCCCGUAAAAGAAAUAGGUGACCUUUGCAGAAAAAAUAAAGUUUUUUUCCACACGGACGCCGCCCAAGCAGUCGGUAAAAUCCCACUGGAUGUUAAUAACAUGAACAUAGAUCUCAUGUCCAUAAGUGGACAUAAAAUUUACGGACCGAAAGGUAUCGGUGCGUUGUAUAUAAGACGUCGACCUCGCGUACGAGUAGAAGCAAUCCAAAGCGGAGGUGGUCAAGAAAGGGGUAUCAGAAGCGGUACGGUACCGGCACCUCUAGUCGUAGGUUUCGGAGAAGCUUGUCGUUUAGCCAAAGAAGAAAUGGCCUACGAUCACGCUCACAUCGAGAAAUUAAGUAAAAGAUUAAUCCACCAUUUCUCCAAGUCUCUAACGCACGUUAUCAGAAACGGAGACAAAGAGAACACUUACCCCGGAUGCGUGAAUUUAUCUUUCGCGUACGUCGAAGGGGAAUCGUUGUUGAUGGCGCUUAAAGACGUGGCUCUGUCUAGUGGUUCGGCUUGUACUUCGGCUUCUUUGGAACCUUCGUACGUUUUGAGAGCCAUCGGGGCCGAUGAAGACCUGGCGCACAGUUCCAUUAGAUUCGGCAUAGGACGUUUUACUACAGAAGAUGAAGUUGAUUAUACCGCUCAAAAAUGUAUACAGCACGUCACUAGGUUGAGGGAAAUGAGUCCCCUGUGGGAAAUGGUACAGGAAGGAAUUGAUUUGAAGGCGAUUAAGUGGUCACAACAUUAAGUUAAAGGGUAACGUUGAUUUUUUUUAUGUAAAGGAUAUCUUUAAUUUUAAUGUUGUUAGAACUGAUAAAAAUUGAAGAUUAUGUAUGAGUUGUAUGAAAAUAUUUUGAUGUAACUAUUUUUUUAACAGUUUAAAUUUACGUUUUUAGUCUGUUUCGGUUAAAAUUUGUUUUUUAAGACAAAUUUUAAGAUCAAGAAACGAAAGAAAAAUACGAUGCGUGGUUAACAAAUUUAAAGAAUUAUUUGUAGCCAGAUAUAAUAAUAAAUUUUUUUUUCUUCUUUAAAUGCACUCGUAUUUAUUGAAUUUUUAUUUUCAUGAAAUUUUUGUUAUUUAUUUGUGUGAUUCGUUUCCCAUAAAAAAAAUAUUUUUCUACGUUUGCCAGAAGUAGUCCUAAUGUUAUGUAAAAUGAUUUUUUGAAAAAGAAGAAAAAUAUAUUAUUUACAUAGAUAAACAAUAUUAUAUAGAGGUAUUUUCUACACAGUUAAAAAUAGUUUUGUGGCAAUACCAGCUGUAUCUUAGAUGUUGAUAGCCCUGAUUUGAUUAUUUGUAGUUGAUAUACCAAUUUGUUUACAACAAUCAGUUUCAUAUUAAAUAAAAUUACGAAUUUCAAAUUCGUUGACUACGUGAAUCGCUUGGUAAUAUAUUUGGAGGAUUAGUGGCAAGAGUUUUACAUUAUAUGCAUUCAACAUUUGAUAUUUUCAUAUUUGUUCCAAUUAUUUUGAGAAUUUUAUUAAAACAGAUCUAUUUUUAUAUAAAUUAUAGUCCUGCGAAUAUAAAUAGGAGUAAAGGUGAGAAAAGUCGAUAAUGUGAUAGUAUAUUAUGUAAUCGAAUCAUUUGAAUAUUAAUAAGAUACGUUUUGAAAUA